GUCCUUCUUCGAAAGCUUUGUUUUCGGAACGACUUCCGGGCCGUUUGGUGCACUCAAAGAGUGCGCAAGGCAUAUGCCACGGUGUACACUAUCGAACCCCUCAGCCAGUUCAGUCUCAAUGACUGCCUCUCUCACAUUUGUUGCCUUAGCUGCCUUAGUCAUCCUCGACACCCUGAGGACGACAUGGGCAAUAUCAAAGACAACGAUUUCCCAUGUCCGGUUCGCCUACGCGGUGGGCAAUUCCCGACCCUGGUCCCAAUUCUUUUCUAUGUCUUCUUCCUCAUGGUAUCUGGUGGUUUUUUUGUUUUUUUUUACGAACAAUAACCCGGCCGGCCAUCCCACUCCUUUGAUACAAAGAUGCGCGUUCGUGGUUCACCUCGAUACAACACAACUUUGUAAUCCAAUGCAUCAUGUCUUCGCCUGCCCAGAGCCGAAAAGGCUUAGCAAGCCCUGCGCAGACAGUCAAAAAACGAUACGGGGGCCAGCCACACUUGCCAGACCCCUUUGAAGUUUGCUCACACUGUCUCGACCUUCACCCACCGCUCCCAUGGCGUAAAAGGCUCAUUUCAAUGCAGAAACCCGGAUGAUUUUACCCGGCGUCUUGCCGAAGGAGCCCGUUCGUAAGAACUUUUCUACAGGGAAUCCCGAGGGGGUCUCGCGUUAAUGAAGGUAUGUCUCUUUUUUUAUUCGAGGAUGAUAGAGACAGGGGCUGGGAACCAUCGUAACCAAAUAACAUCGAAAAAGCUCAUCUAAGAGGGUUUGCGCGCACACGCCUGAACACGGAAAUUUCGGUCAA